UCCCUUUUCCCCUUCGGGUGAAGGGAAAGGACCCCCAAACAGGGAUGGGGGUGAGAGAUCGGGUGGGAUUUCGGAGAGGUCUGUGAGAUGCUAUAGGACACAGAAGCUGCCGAUCAGGAGGGCAUCUCGGGCGACGAUUGGCUGCGCGAGCCGGGGCGUGGCGCAGCGAAAGCAGGGGCCGGAGGGGUGGGGCUGACGCUGCAGCUGGCGCAGCUCAGACCGGGAGCCGCCGCCGCCGCCGCGGCCGAGCAUCCUCGCUCCGCCGCCGCCGCCGCUCCGCGCGCCCCAGGGGCCGGGGCGAGGCCCCCCAUCGCCGGGUCCCCCCCGGGGCUGCAGCAGCAGCGGCGCGGCCCGCGGUUGCCGCGGGGAGCCGGGCGCCGGCCCAGCUCUGCACGAUGGGCACGGUGCUAUCGCUGUCCCCUGCCUCCUCGGCCAAAGGCCGGAGGCCCGGCGGGCUGCCCGAGGAGAAGAAGAAGGCGCCGCCCGUGGGGGACGAGGCGCUGGGGGGCUACGGGGCGCCGCCGCUGGGCAAGGGCGGCAAAGGCGAGAGCCGGCUCAAGCGGCCGUCAGUGCUCAUCUCGGCGCUCACCUGGAAGCGCCUAGUGGCCGCGUCCGCUAAGAAGAAGAAAGGCAGCAAGAAGGUGACGCCCAAGCCGGCGUCCACGGGCCCCGAUCCCCUGGUCCAACAGCGCAACCGCGAGAACCUUCUUCGCAAGGGCCGGGAUCCCCCCGACGGCGGUGGGGGCGCAGCCAAGCCCCUGGCUGUGCCGGUGCCCACCGUGCCCGCUGCUGCCGCCACCUGCGAGCCGCCGUCGGGGGGCAGCGCGGCCGCCCCGCCGCCAGGCUCGGGCGGAGGGAAGCCGCCGCCGCCGCCACCUCCGCCCCCAGCCCCGCAGGCGGCCGGGCCGCCGGGGCCUGGCGGAUCGCCGCGGCGGGUCAUCGUGCAGGCGUCCACAGGCGAGCUGCUGCGCUGCCUGGGCGACUUCGUGUGCCGACGCUGCUACCGCCUCAAGGAGCUGAGCCCCGGCGAGCUGGUGGGCUGGUUCCGAGGCGUGGACCGCUCGCUGCUGCUCCAGGGCUGGCAAGACCAGGCCUUCAUUACGCCCGCCAACCUGGUGUUCGUGUACCUGCUGUGCCGAGAGUCGCUGCGCGGGGACGAGCUGGCGUCGGCCGCCGAGCUGCAGGCCGCCUUCCUCACCUGCCUCUACCUCGCCUACUCCUACAUGGGCAACGAGAUCUCCUACCCGCUCAAGCCCUUCCUGGUGGAGCCCGAUAAGGAGCGCUUCUGGCAGCGCUGCCUGCGCCUCAUCCAGCGUCUCAGCCCCCAGAUGCUGCGGCUCAACGCCGACCCGCACUUCUUCACGCAGGUCUUCCAAGACCUCAAGAACGAGGGCGAGGUCGCCGCGGGCGCCGGGGGUCCCCCCGGCGGAGGUGCGCCCGCCGCUCCUUCGGCCGCCAGGGACAGCUGCGCGGUCGGAUCCAAGCACUGGACUAUGAACCUGGACCGUUAGGGCAUGCCCCAGGGACCGCGCCUGUCCCCCGCCCCGCCCCCGCCCCCAGUACACACACACACUCGGAGCCCCUGGACCCUCCAGCCACCGCCGCUGUCACUGCCGCUCCGCGCGGGGGCUAGGCGCCAGAGGAACCGCCCCUGCUCCGCAGCGCAGGUGGAGGCCAGGACGCUGGGGGCCGUGGCAUCUGAAUUUUGCUGGGCGUGGGGUGGGGUGGGCGCGGGAAGGGCACCCCCACCUCAUCCUGUCCUUGUCUGUGCCUCCAUCUCUCCAUUUCUGCUUGUCGCCACCCGCCCUGCUCUGCGCGUCUCUGCGUUCAUCUCCCCUUCGCUGCCCAUUUUCUUGCCUCUCCUCUGUCUCUGUUAUUCCUCCUGCCUGCUUUCCCAACUCCCCUCUCUGCCCUUCCGGUCCCGUCCACCUCCAGCUGACCCCCUGACUGACCCGGACCUUAUGGUCCAUUUCUCCUGUCGCCCCUGCGACCCCCACCUCCCGUUCGUGCGCCCUCUCCUUGCCAUGUGUCAGCCUCACCCCUCCUCCUGUCUCCCUUCCUCCUCUGCUUGUGUUACCCCGUUUCUCUUCCCCUGACAGGGUCCCUAUAGCCCCCCUCCCCAAAUCACAAGGAACAUCAGUUUUUAAUUGAGGUGCCAGGAUAUACUGCAGCCCCAGGCGCCCCGACACCAACCACCUCGCCCCACCCCCACCGCUCUCCCCACCUUUUCCAACGUGUUGCAUGCUGGGAGUCGGGGCGGGGGAGGGGAGGUAUAGGCUGCGGCUUCAACCAGGAGCCUAAGGUUU